GCUUAACCAUGAGUACAAUGCCCGCUAUAAUAACAUCUCAUCACUCGGCCACGUACGUACGCGGAAAAAACCGGGGGAGGCCAAGAAAAGGAUGAGAGAGAGGGUGUGUUUGGAUAGGCAGCAGUGAAAAGAGGGCAGCAACAAGCAGCAGAGAAUUGUGAACGUCAACAGGCAACAACAACCGAUCGUAAAACUACCUGCCUGCCUCUCUCUCGCCCUGCAAAACAAAUACAUAAGGAAGUUUGUGUAUGAGAUUUGAGUUCGGGGACUCUGUGUGCAUAACAGCCAUGACUUCUUCCUUGCAUGAUCUUUCUGCUGGUUGUCCAGAUAAUAGUGAAGCUGAUGAGCAGCAAAAUGAAUCAGAACCCCAGAUUCAGUCUUCAUCUCCUGCAAUGGCACAGGCACACCCGGGCUUCUCAACUCCAAGUGUUCAGUAUGCAACUCCACAGCUUGGAGCAGGACAUGCUAUGGCACCAGCAACUUACCCAUAUCCAGAUCCUUAUUAUAGAAGCAUCUUUGCUCCAUAUGAUCCUCAGCCAUAUCCUCCACAGCCCUAUGGUGCACAACCGAUGGUCCAUCUUCAGUUGAUGGGAAUUCAGCAAGCUGGAGUUCCUUUGCCAUCUGAUGCUGUUGAGGAACCUGUAUUUGUUAAUGCAAAACAGUAUCAUGGUAUCUUGAGACGACGACAAUCUCGUGCAAAAGCUGAAUCAGAAAGCAAAGCAAUCAAGUCUCGGAAGCCAUACUUGCAUGAAUCUCGGCAUCAGCAUGCACUGAGAAGAGCUAGAGGAUGUGGGGGUCGGUUUCUCAAUUCGAAGAAAAAAGAGAAUCAAGAACAUAAUGAAGUGGCUUCAGGUGACAAAUCACAAUCUAAUAUCAAUCUUAAGUCCGAUAAAAAUGAUAUUGUUUCCUCAAUUGACUAGUAGGGAUACACAGGAAGUGAUGGUGGUGCACACAAUUAGCUCAGAAAACAGUUAUUCAUAGAUGGGGGUUCAGGAAACCCAUAGCCCUAGAGUCCCAGUAUUGCUUCAUCGUGGCUCUGCACCUACAAGUCAUUAGUAUGUAUAGCCUUUUCCAGUAGUUGGUUUGUAGGAGUCAGCAAAGAUAAGAGGCGUUCAACAUUAUCUUUGCUCCCGUGGAUUUUUUCUAGUUCUUGUACUUAACGAGGAGAUUGAUGGUUAAGUUUGCUGUGAGGGCAUUUCCUUGCUUUUA